AUAUGUAACAAACAAAAGACUUCAAUACCUGCAGCACUCGCGCGAAACCGCCAACAAAUUCUACCUGCCGACUACAUCGUCGAAUUUUUACAAGCAUUGACGCCUUCUAACACGGAAGAAGAAAUGACACCCUCGCAAGGGGCAUUCCAGUGUUGUGGUGCCGAAGGACCGAAUGACUGGCAAAGUAGUGUAUAUAACAAUGCUGACCGUUCGUCUUUGGUUGAUAUCGCGAUUUCAAAAUUAAAUAUUGCAUAUAAAGUUCCUGAAAGUUGCUGCCAUGAAGGAAUUUCUGUUGAUGACUGCAAUACUGUUCGCAAUAUAGGAAUGUUAACGUCAAUUGCAAAACCGGUUGUAUACACAAGCGGAUGUAUGGAAAAACUUGUUGAUGGCAUAAAACAAAAUAUAAAGCUCGUAUAUAUUGUCGGCGCGGGAGUUAUUGGAGUUGAAAUUCUUGCUUUGAUAUUUGCUCUAUUACUCUGUUGUGCGAUACGAAGAAGCAGCAACUAUAAAAACUAAAAAAACAUGCAAAUUUUUAAGACAAUGUAACUAGAAAUACUCUUCAGAGAUAUAUACAUUCAGCUGCAGGCUUCCGGCAAAUUAUUCAGUUUUAUGCUAAAUAAGAGCAAGAUUUAUCGAGAACAAAGAACAGCUAUGUCGUUUUCUGCAAUUCAUACUGAAUUUCGUUGACUAACUGGAUGUGCUUACAAAUUAUGUAGAUAAACAUAUUGCACAAAUUUUAUCAGAUUUACCAAUAUUUUUAUGAUUGUUCAAAAGCUAGUUUUAAAAACACACCUUCAAAGCCAAAAACAAGAUUGUGCCAAUGUAUAAACUG